AUGGCUAGAAAGAUGCUUAACGAUGGCGAACCUGAUUUGAAGAUAGGUGAAGAACAAGGGAAGAAUUAUGACUUUGAUUUGUUUAUUAUUGGUGCUGGUAGUGGCGGUGUUCGUGCUGCUAGAUUUUCUUCUAAUUUUGGAGCAAAGGUUGGGAUUUGUGAGCUUCCUUUUCAUCCUAUUAGCUCAGAAACAAUUGGAGGAGUCGGUGGCACGUGUGUCAUUCGUGGUUGUGUUCCCAAAAAGAUUUUGGUCUAUGGAGCAUCUUAUGGGGGUGACCUUGAGGAUGCUAGAAAUUUUGGAUGGGAAUUGAAUGAGAAUGUUGACUUCAAUUGGAAGAAGCUCUUGCAAAAGAAGACUGAUGAAAUAAACAGAUUAAAUGGAAUUUACAAGCGGUUGUUAUCCAAUGCUGGGGUUAAACUAUUUGAAGGCGAGGGAAGGAUAGCUAGUCCAAAUGAAGUUGAGGUGACACAAUUGGAUGGCACUAAGUUGUCUUAUUCAGCAAAGCAUAUUUUGAUUGCAACUGGCAGCAGGGCUCAGCGUCCUAAUAUUCCUGGCCAGGAGUUGGGUAUAACAUCUGAUGAGGCACUAAGUUUAGAGGAGUUUCCUAAACGUGCUGUGAUUCUCGGAGGAGGUUAUAUUGCAGUUGAGUUUGCAUCAAUAUGGCGUGGGAUGGGUUCUAAUGUCAAUCUCGUUUUCAGAAAGGAACUUCCAUUGAGAGGUUUUGAUGACGAAAUGAGAGCUGUAGUUGCCAGAAAUCUUGAAGGUAGGGGAAUUAAUUUGCAUCCAAGGACAAAUUUGACACAGUUGAUCAAAACAGAGGGUGGCAUUAAAGUUAUUACAGACCAUGGUGAGGAGUUGAUUGCAGAUGUUGUGCUAUUUGCCACUGGUAGGGCUCCUAAUUCUAAGAGGUUAAAUUUAGAAAAAGUGGGUGUAGAGUUUGAUAAGGCGGGAGCAAUAGUGGUAAAUGAGUAUUCACGCACCAACAUCCCUAGCAUAUGGGCUGUGGGUGAUGUAACCAACCGGUUAAAUCUUACCCCGGUGGCCUUGAUGGAAGCAUCACUCUUUGCAAAAACAGUAUUUGGUGGUCAAGCAAGCAAGCCAGACUAUAAUGCUAUUCCAUAUGCAGUGUUUUGCAUUCCACCACUUUCAGUAGUUGGUCUAAGUGAGGAGGAUGCAAUAGAGCAAACAAAGGGCGAUAUAUUGAUUUUCACAUCAACCUUCAAUCCUAUGAAAAAUACAGUUUCUGGGCGGCAAGAAAAAACUGUUAUGAAGCUUGUUGUUGAUGCUCAGACCGAUAAAGUUCUUGGGGCAUCUAUGUGUGGGCCUGAUGCACCUGAAAUUCUUCAGGGUAUUGCUAUUGCAUUGAAGUGUGGAGCUACGAAAGCGCAGUUUGAUAGCACCGUGGGAAUACACCCAUCGGCUGCAGAAGAAUUUGUGACCAUGCGCACAGAGACAAGGCGUGUUACUGGUGGUGUGAAGCCAAAGACAAACUUGUAA